AUGUCGUCCGCUCUGAAGCUGGACAUCCUCGUCGUCGGCGCAGGGCUCGCGGGCCUCGCCGCCACCUGUGCCCUCGCCGUGGACGGGCACCGCGUUCGGCUCUUCGAAAAAUCGCCAGGGAUACCCAGCGCCGCCGGGGGGAUCCGCCUCCCGCCCAACGCGACCAAGAUGCUCGUGCACAUGGGCAUGCAGGGCGAGAUGUCCAAGCGCUCCGUCCCGGUGGCGGGCGUGGUGUACCGCGAUCUGCGCACCGGCGAGCUCAUCGGGGGCGCGGGAUGGGUCCCCGUCAUGUUCAAGGACAGCGGGGCCGUCGCGCGCGUGAUCGACGUGCGUAGCCCUGCCCCUCCAUCGCUCCGCGUCCGCCACCGCGAUCUCUGCGACAUGUUGUACCAGCGUGCUAUCUCUGCCGGCGCCAAAAUAUCAUUCAACAGCGAAGUCGCUGGCGUCUGUCAGCCAUCGGCCCACGCGCCGUCCUCGGGGUCUGAUGAUCACCGGCCCUCGGUCGAGCUCUGUUCGGGCGAGGUCGUGCAUGCCGAUGUGAUCAUUGGGGCCGACGGGGCGCGGAGCAUCGUGCGACCCGUCGUGGACGCGCAGGACGCGGACGCGGACGCGGGCGAGCGGUGGAAGGGUGCGUAUACGGGCACGACGGUGUACACCGGCGUGUGCCCCGUGGAAGAUGCGACGCCGGACGAAGGAUGCAAGGUAGAUAUAUGGAUGUCGGACGGGUUCCAUGCGAUGUCUUACGGCACGCGAAAGCAGGAGAUCGUUCUGCACAUCGAGCACGAGGAAGAGGCGGGGGACGGGCAAGCCGAUUGGGAAAGAGUGCCUCCGUCCAGCGUGCCACGUGCCGACGGAUUCGCCCCGCGCCUCCAGCGCAUGCUCGAACGCGUCCCGUAUUUCACCCGCGCGCGCUGCUACGCGUGCCCGCCGGCCGACGAAUGGGUCGACGCGUCGGAGACGAUCAUCCUGCUCGGCCAAGCCGCGCACUACAUGCUGCCCUAUGCGCUGCACCAGAGCUCCAACUGCCUCGAGUCCGCCGCCGUCCUCGCCACGCUGCUCUCGCACCUCCGCGCACGCGAUCAGAUCCCGUCCCUCCUGUAUGCGUAUCACGACCUCCGCGCGCCGCGCGCCGCACGGUUGCAUGCGCUGGAGCUCAAGAACCGGCACUUCUUGAACCUCGCGGGGGAGCAGCGGGCGGCGCGGGACGCGGCCCUGCGCGCCGCGUUUGCGAAGGCGCGCUCUGCGAAGACCCGCGAGGAGGUGGAGGGGGCAUUCCACGGCCACCGAAACGGAAACGGGAACGGGGACGGCGAGGACGAGGACGAGGACGAGGACGACGAGGACGCGGAGGGGCUAGAGAGGCAGUUUGCAGAGCUGCUGGAGGGGUGGGGGUACGAUGCGUACGAGGAGGCGGAGGAGUGGUGGGUGCGGUGGGGGUUGUUGAAGGAGCGGGCGAGCGUGAUGGGCGAGGACGCGGGCGAGGAGAGCAGUCACCAGACGCCGGGCAUCGUGUUCGAUGUGGGCGGCGUGCUGUUUGCGAGGCAUACGAUCGAGCACGCUUGAGCUUGGGCUUGAGCUCUGGAGGAUCCAGCGCUGUAAAUAUUAUGUUCGUCUCCGCUAUGGGGGUAGAAGUUGUAGCUGUCUUUGCACGUCGCAUCAGGGCACCUGCGUAUAACGGAAAUUGCUAAAUCAUAGAUGCCAUGGUGUGGAAC